UCACAGCACGCUAUUUCAUUGUUGCUACGAUAAGUACAGAGUAAGAGGAUUAUUACGCUGACUUCACACGAGGCCGUGAAACUUAUAAGAAUCAGAGUUCCUUCAGAAAGUCCAGCUACGGAAAGAAUAUAACCUCCCAGACAUACUGACGUGAAACUGGAACGGACGAUGAAGGGAAAUGUUUUGGUUAUCAUAGUGAUUCUCACGGCAGUCGCCGUUAUCGCGUUCAACAGACUUCAAGCAGUGAUGGAUCGUUUCGCGAAGUCAAAGGGAGAGAUUUUACAAUCGUUUUAUCACGAUUUCUCACACAUUAAGCUCGAAAACAUUCCCUGGGUGAGUGUACUCUGCGGAAGUUGUGUUCUCUACAUUUGUUAUUACUUGUACUAUAAACUGUUCACGCCGCUGGAUCUUGUCAAGGAUUUGAGCGAUGUCGGCUACGCUACGAACAGCGGCAGUGAGGGACGUAGUAAACGGGAAGUGGCGAACCAUGUGCGGCGCUUAAGAAAAAUUGGAGAUAUUCCCCCAGUGUACCCCAAUGGCUGGUUUGCGUUGAUGGAGGCGCACCGAUUGAAAAAAGGCGAAAUUGAACAUGUAGUUGCUCUUGGUGAAAACUUUGCCGUUUUUAGAGACGAGAACGGAUCAGCACACGCGGUGGACGCGUACUGCUCUCACAUGGGGGCUAACUUGGCGGUGGGCGGCCGGGUGAUAGGGGACUGCAUCGAAUGCCCCUUUCACGGCUGGAGAUUCCGAGGGGACGAUGGCAAAUGUACACACAUUCCUUACUGCGAGAAAGUGCCUGACAGGGCCAAGGUAAAAUCUUGGCCUGUUCUGGAGAGGAGUGGCCAUAUAUUCGUGUGGUACCAUGCCGAGGGCGUGGAACCCACCUGGCUGCCACCAGAGAUAGACGAAGUCGAGAGUGGACACUGGGUAUACAAAGGACGAAAUCAAUAUUUUGUUAAUACUCAUAUUCAAGACAUUCCUGAGAACGGUGCCGAUCAGAUGCACCUUGCACAGGUCCACGGUCCCUGCAUAUUGAGUGGCGUCGACUUGCGGUAUAUGUACAGUAAACUAUGGGAGUUUGCUAAACACAACUGGCAGGCGGAAUGGCAGCCAUUACCCGAACCCAAUACCCACAUCGCAUGCCUCGAACUCGGCCACAAACUGUCCAUAUUAGACCGUAAACUACCAGGGUUGGAGAUGAGAGUCAACGCCAGACAGAUUGGACCUGGCUUGGUUUACUUAGAAUUUCAAGCUGCGUGUUUUUACGGAGUUUACAUACAGACCCUGACACCAAUAGAGCCUUUGGUACAGAAACUGACGCACACGCUCUUUGCCAGCAGAUGGAUGCCAAUGCCUGUAGCCAGUGCGUUUCUUCUGGGAGAGGCAUACCAGGUUGAACGCGACAUUAUGAUUUGGAACAACAAGAAAUUCGAAAAUAAGCCACUCCUCGUGAAAUCUCGGGCAGACGAGCGUAUUGCAAGAUAUCGUCGAUGGUUUUCACAGUUCUACUCCGAAAAUAGUCCCCGCUUGUCAUUGCACAAAGAAGGGUUAGACUGGUAGUGGAUCUGAACAAAUAUUGGUUCCCAUCAAAUGGCCAUUAGCGUUGAGUUAUGGGAAGACUCUUCGUGGAUUCAUCAGGGGCUGAGCUACAUAUAUAUAUAUAUAUA